ACUUUAGGAAAAAUUGAUUUUCGCUCAUGUCGUUUGGUUUGCGAUCAUAAGAAAGGUUCUUUUUACAUUUUUUGUUAAAUUUCAAAAAGAAGUUAAUAAGGCUCAAUAUUGAUUGUAUUCUUUAAAGAUGUCAGUACUCAUUGAGACGUCAAUCGGAAGUCUUGUUAUUGAUCUUUAUCCUGAUGAAAGACCAAAUUGCAGUAAAAAUUUCUUAAAGCUGUGCAAAAUAAAGUAUUAUAACUUCAGUCUAUUUCACUCAAUUCAAAGAAAUUUAUCUGCUCAAACUGGAGAUCCAUCAGGAACUGGGAAAGGAGGAAUAUCAAUUUUUGGAAAGUGCUAUGGAGAGCAAGCCAAUUAUUUUGAAGCAGAAACAAAACCAAGAAUCAAGCAUAGAAAGAUGGGAGCUUUAUCAAUGGUCAAUAACGGAAGUAAUAUGCAUGGAUCUCAAUUCUUUGUAACAUUAGCUCCAGACUUGGAUUAUUUAGAUGGAGUUCACACAGUUUUUGGUGAGGUUGCGGAAGACAAAGAUAAUGUUUUAGAGAAACUAAAUGAGGCCUAUUGCGAUGAAGAUCAUAGACCGUAUAGAGAUAUUAGAAUUUUACAUACGAUUAUUCUUGACGAUCCAUUUGAUGAUCCGGAAGGUCUUGCUGCGUUAAUACCAGACAGAUCUCCAGAACCAACUAAAGAACAAUUAGAAACUGUUCGUAUUGGAAUAGAUGAAGAAUUGGAUGAACAUAAAGGUAAAACUGCAGAACAAAUUCAAGAAAUGAACGAAAACAAGGAAGCAAAAGCAAAUGCUCAAAUACUCCAAAUGAUAGGAGAUAUACCAGAUGCGGAUAUAAAACCACCAGAUAACAUCUUGUUCGUAUGCAAACUAAAUCCAAUAACAACUGAUGAAGAUUUGGAAAUAAUAUUCUCAAGGUUUGGUAAAAUUGAAAGCUGUGAAAUUAUAAGAGACGAUAAAUCUGGAGAAUCACUACAAUAUGCAUUUAUUGAGUUUGAAAAGGCUGAAGAUUGUGAAAGUGCUUAUUUUAAAAUGGAUAAUGUACUUAUUGAUGACAGAAGAAUACACGUUGAUUUCAGUCAAUCUGUAUCAAAAUUACGUAAGAAGGAUUUCCUUGAUUCUGAAGGUCGAGUUAAAUUAAAAAUCAAGGACACUGCCCGUAAAGACAAUAAAUAUGACUACGUUUUCUCCGAUGAAGAGAAAGAUGAUUCUAAAUCGAAAAAGCAAAGAAAACGCUCCAGGUCAAGAUCAAGAUCACAUGAACGUAAUAGAAAAGAAAGAUAUUACAGAGAUACAAGGAGGGAUCGUCGCGAUCGCUAUGAUCGUAACGAUCACCAUCAUCAUCAUCAUAGAGACAGAAAUCAUCGACGAAGCAGAUCCAGGGAUAGGAACGAUAGGCGCGAUAAACGAGACAAAUAUGAUAGCCACAACCGAUACGAAACUUACAGGGAACGUAGAAACGAUAGGAAGACUGAAAGAAGAAGAUAAAAGUAGAUUUGUCAUGGAGCAUAAACUAUUAAUAGUCAUAGAGAAAACUCUCUUCACUUUUUUUACACACGUGACUGUACUUUGUAACUAGAACAGUUAUUUCAUUUAUUUUCUUAAAUAUAGAAUAAAAGUUGUCGAU